AUGGCAGGACAGGCUCUAAAAAGCAAUGUCGUGACGGGCAAGAUGUCCUGCGGCACACGAAACUUCGGGUCCCCGCUGCGCAUGCCUCCCCGGCCCCCGGCCCCGGGCCAACCUCCGCCUCCUCCCGCCAGAUGGACAAGGCCCAAACCCGCCGACGCCUCUUCACAGUCAGCAUCUGGAACCUGUCCUCAAAAGCAAAGAUACUCCCUCAAACUUGAUGUCAAAGAUGGUAAGAUCUACAAUGAACAGAACUUCUUCCAGCGAGCUGCAAAAGCAGGCACAGUGGAGAAGUGGAAGAAGUUGCACUCUGUGCCGUUGCUGGGAAUCCCCAAUUGCGUUGGCUUUGGACUGCAUGCAGAUAGCUACAGGUUUUUGGUAUUCUCUGACUUAGGGCGAACUCUUCAGUCCGUCCUGAAUGAUGGCUUACACCUACUGAAGGAGAAGGCAGCUUUUCAGAUUGUAGUCCGGCUGCUAGACUGCCUGGAGUACAUUCAUGAAAACGAGUAUGUGCACGGGGACAUCACAGCUGAGAACAUCUAUUUGAACCCAGCAGACCUCACACAGGUGACCCUAGCAGGCUAUUGCUUUGCGUUCCGUUACUGCCCCGGAGGGAAGCACGUGGCUCAGCGUGAAGGCAGCAGGACCCCUCACGAAGGCACGAUAGAGUUUAUCAGUCUGGACAGCCACAAGGGAGCAGGACCAUCUCGCCGGAGUGACUUGGAAUCUCUGGGCUACUGCCUUCUGAAAUGGCUCUGUGGCUUCUUGCCUUGGUCUGAUGAGCUGGACAAAGUAGAAACUGUGGUGGAGAAGAAAGAAAAGUACAAAGGGGAUGUGAAAUGCCUUCUCCGACUGUGCUUCAGGCAGAGACCCAUUCCAGAUGCCCUACAGAGCUACCUGCAGCAAGUAGCGGCACUAGAGUAUGAGGAGAAGCCUUACUAUGAGGGCCUGCGGCAGCUCUUCAAGAAGCCACUGGAAAAGAUGAAAGCUUCAGCUUAUGACCCUGUGGACAUCAAAAUGGUGCCCUAAAUCAAGAAAACUUGCACAGGAAAAAAAAAAAAAGCUCAAAGCUUUCUGCAGCGUGAGGCCUUUCCCACAGAUAUUUAACCUUUACCU